AUGGACCGAAAAAGAAAGUCUACGGUUCCGACGACUGUCAAAGAUGGCAAGAAGAGACGGACUUAUCUUCAAGGAGCUUCAUCUGAAACACCGCAUCUCAGCAGUGCCCUAAGGGACGAAGAUGGAAUCGAAUAUCGCCUCGAUAGUGUUUUCGGGCUUGUGAAGGAUAUUGUUAGUGAUAUAGAGCGCGGACAGGGUGUCGAUGGAAUUUCCCCACCUAUCAAACAAGCGGCUUUUGAUCUAGACAUAGCCUUGUCUCAUGCCAGAUCCUUGAUCCAGCGACACCGCCGAAGCGCUGGCCAUCCUGUCGACGUUGAAGAGUCGAGUACAAACAACGUUGAGCCCAGUCUACCUGCACUGCCACCCAUUUCUGAUCAGAUGCUCGAAAAAGCUGUCUUUACACACCCCGGUGUUAACGGUGACAUCGAGGCGACUUAUGACCGACUUGAAAUUCUAGGCGACGCUUAUAUUGAACUCUUUGCUACACGGCUCAUCUGGGAUCGGUUCCAUAACAUCCCUUCAGGUCAAAUAUCUCAGCUUCGGGAGCUUCUUGUGAAAAAUGAAAGUCUUGCCCAGUACGCAAUACAGUACGGUCUUGAUAGCAGGGCAAACAUCCCACAAGACUAUCUGGGCCAGCCCAAACGAUGGACUAAAACUAUGGGGGACAUAUUUGAAUCCUACGUGGCGGCCAUUAUCCUGUCCGACCCUGCCAGUGGCCAUAUUAUAGCCGAGAAGUGGUUAAGGCAGUUGUGGUUGCCGAAGCUUACAGAUGCCGGGCCACAUAAGUUCUCUCUGAAUGCGAAAGAUGCCCUUGCUCGAAAAAUAAUGGGAAAGGGUGUGAAACUUAAAUAUAAUGAAGAGAGAACGUCUGUCCAGGUAGCCGGUGGGAAGCAAAUUUUCUUCAUAGGGGUAUACCUUACUGGCUGGGGGUGGACUGAUAGACAUCUGGGGUCAGGCCGAGGGCCGAGUAAAGCAGUUGCAGGAAAUGAAGCCGCAGAGCAAGCCCUGAAUAACGAACCAUUGAUUGGUGAAGUCAUCCAUGCGAAGAAAUCUCAUGAGGGAAAGCAUUGCUGA